AUGUUGGAGAAUACCGCUCCAGUGAUAGUAGUGCGAGCUGAAGAAAUUUUAAUAGUCUUAUUAGUUUUAAUAUUAUGGGUUGCUGCCAUAGCUCUUUUCUUCAAUCGAUGGGGUAAGAUUCGUAUGUUGGAACCUUAUCAGCCGAAAUUUCAACAACAACAUCGAUCCAGUUGCCCUUUGGUCGAUUCACAAAUACAAAAUGGGCCUCAGUUUCAAAUGUGUCAUCCGGGUCUGUCGCGUCCUUCGUUCUCUAAAUGCGGGGCGUACAGUUGCCCGGAGUCGUCGGUGGUUCCGCCGUCCUUCAUCCCUCGGCCCCGGCAGAAUUCUGUAUUCGUUGGUUUCGGGGGACCUGCAACCGCACUCUACGACGUCGGGCAGGCACAUCCGCCCCGGAAGACGAGGUCCGCGGUGGACAUACACAGUCUCGUCCUGCAGGAAUCUUCGCUUCCCGUCAUGAGGCAACUUGGUUCAUCGUACGCCACGCAUGUUUAGCACCACGAAACUCCGACGGACACGUCGCCCCAGUGGUUUUCAAAUGGAAAAGUAACAUCGUGAGGAACAAAUGGUGACAGGUAAUAUACAGUUCCAUAGCUCUUCCGUCUAAACAAUAAAUGUUUUUGACUGUAAAGGUGAGAUAUGUUAAAAACUAUUAAAAUCUUCAAGACGCAAUUAAUAUGCAGAAAAAACCACGAGGAG